GCUGUGAGCGCUCCGGUGUCGGGUUCCCUCCCCCAUCUCUCCUCGCCCUCCCCUUCCCCCGGGCCUUGCCCGCCCGCCCUGGGGGCCGCGGCCGAGUGGGGCCUCCCCCGGCACCAUGAGCGGCGGCGGCGGCGGGCGGGUGUGCGACCUGUCCCGGCGCAACCCGCAGGAGGACUUCGAGCUCAUCCAGCGCAUUGGCAGCGGCACCUACGGCGACGUCUACAAGGCCCGCAAUGUUAACACGGGCGAGCUAGCAGCAAUUAAAGUAAUAAAGCUAGAACCAGGAGAAGAUUUUGCUGUUGUGCAGCAGGAAAUCAUUAUGAUGAAAGACUGUAAACAUCCAAACAUUGUUGCUUAUUUUGGCAGCUAUCUCAGACGAGACAAGCUAUGGAUUUGCAUGGAGUUUUGUGGAGGUGGCUCUCUACAGGACAUUUACCAUGUGACUGGACCACUUUCAGAACAGCAGAUUGCCUAUGUUAGCAGAGAAACACUACAGGGACUAUAUUAUCUUCACAGUAAAGGAAAAAUGCACAGAGACAUUAAGGGUGCAAACAUUCUUUUAACGGAUAAUGGCCAUGUAAAAUUAGCUGAUUUUGGAGUAUCUGCACAGAUAACAGCUACAAUUGCCAAAAGGAAGUCAUUCAUUGGCACCCCAUAUUGGAUGGCGCCAGAAGUUGCUGCAGUGGAAAGAAAAGGUGGAUACAAUCAACUGUGUGAUCUUUGGGCAGUUGGAAUAACUGCUAUAGAACUUGCUGAACUUCAGCCUCCGAUGUUUGACUUGCAUCCAAUGAGGGCACUCUUUCUAAUGACGAAAAGCAACUUCCAGCCUCCUAAGCUAAAGGACAAAAUGAAAUGGUCCAAUAGUUUCCAUCAUUUUGUGAAAAUGGCACUUACAAAAAAUCCUAAAAAAAGACCUACAGCCGAAAAAUUACUACAGCAUCCUUUUGUUACCCAACCAUUAAAUCGAAGUCUCGCUAUUGAACUUCUGGAUAAAAUGAACAAUCCUGAUCAUUCCACUUACCAUGAUUUUGAUGAUGAUGAUCCAGAGCCUCUCGUGCCUCAUAGAAUUCACUCAACAAGUAGAAAUGUGAGAGAAGAAAAAACACGCUCUGAAAUAAACUUUGGCCAAGUAAAAUUUGAUCCACCCUUGCGGAAGGAGACAGAGCCACAUCAUGAAUUUGAUCUGCAGCUAGAAUAUGGUCAUGGUCCUCAGGGUGGCUACUUCUUGGGUGCAAAUAAGAGUCUCUUAAAAUCAGUUGAAGAAGAACUGCAUCAGCGGGGACAUGUGGCACAUUUAGAAGAUGAUGAUGAUGCAGACGAUGAUGCUAAACAUGCUACUAUGAAACCUAAAGUGCCACCUCCUUUACCACCAAAGCCUAAAUCCAUCUUUAUCCCCCAAGAAACUCAUUCUUCUGAAAAUGAUAAUCAAGGGACAAUCAAGAGAUGUCCAACAUCGGAAAGUCCAGCGAAAUCUGCAUCUCAGGUUCCACCCAGACCACCACCUCCUCGAUUACCUCCACAGAAGUCUAAUGUUUUAGGUAAUAAGAGUGACACCAAGAAGUGUACAGGUAAUGGAGUCACUUCUGUACAGUUAAAUGGUGAAAGAGAAGGAUCACCACAUCAACAGAAUGAAGCUAGAGACGCUAAUUUUUCAAGGAAAGAGAAGAAGGAAAUACUGAAACCAAUUAGUAAUGGCCUUCCUCCCACACCUAAAGUACACAUGGGUGCUUGCUUUUCAAAGGUUUUUAAUGGCUGUCCCUUAAAAAUUCAUUGUGCAACAUCAUGGAUAAAUCCAGAUACAAGAGAUCAGUACUUGAUAUUUGGUGCAGAAGAAGGUAUUUACACACUGAACCUCAAUGAACUUCAUGAAACAUCAAUGGAGCAGCUAUUUCCUCGAAGGUGUACAUGGUUAUAUGUCAUGAAUAAUUGUUUGUUAUCAAUAUCUGGUAAAGCUUCUCAGCUUUAUUCCCAUAAUUUACCAGGACUCUUUGAUUAUGCAAGGCAAAUGCAAAAGUUACCUGUUGCUAUUCCAGCACACAAACUCCCUGACAGAAUACUUCCCAGGAAGUUUGCAGUGUCUACAAAAAUUCCUGACACUAAGUGGUGUCAGAAGUGUUGUGUUGUGAGGAAUCCUUACACGGGUCACAAGUACCUUUGUGGAGCACUACAGUCUAGCAUUGUUUUGUUAGAAUGGGUUGAACCAAUGCAAAAAUUCAUGCUAAUCAAGCACAUAGAUUUUCCUGUACCUUGUCCGCUGAGGUUGUUUGAAAUGCUGGUAGUCCCCGAGCAGGAAUUCCCUUUAGUUUGUGUUGGUGUCAGUAGAGGGAGAGACUUCAACCAAGUAGUGAAGUUUGAGACUGUCAACCCAAAUUCUACCUCCUCAUGGUUUACAGAAACAGACACUACAGAGACAAGUGUUGUACAUGUAACACAGCUGGAGAGAGAUACAAUUUUGGUGUGUUUGGAUUGCUGCAUAAAAAUAGUGAACCUACAAGGCAGAUUAAAAUCCAGCCGAAAACUGUCAUCGGAGCUCACGUUUGAUUUUCAAAUUGAAUCGAUAGUCUGUCUACAAGACAGUGUGUUAGCCUUCUGGAAACACGGAAUGCAGGGAAGGAGUUUUAGAUCUAAUGAGAUCACACAAGAAAUUUCUGAUAAUACAAGGAUAUUCAGGCUUCUGGGAUCUGACAGGGUCGUGGUGCUGGAGAGUAGGCCAACAGAUAACCCAACAGCCAAUAGCAACUUAUAUAUCCUGGCAGGGCAUGAGAACAGUUACUGAGAACGGUGCAUGGCAACUCACCAUGACAAGAUAACACUCCUGCUGCAGCAUUCGUGGCAGGCUGAAAAUGCACAACAGCUGCAGUAACCUGACUUCAGUUAUUUUAUAAUUUAUUGUGGCAUGAGAGGAAGAAGAGAAUUGUUUGUGGUAUGGACACAUUAGCAUUAAGAUACCACAGAAGUGCUUAAUUUACUAUUAUGUAAUCUUUGUACAUAAGCAGUAUUUUUCAGUGAAACUUCUUGCUGAAGACCUACACUGACCUUAUGUAGAUAGUGGUCCUCCUGUUAAGUACAAGUGUCUCACCUGUACAGAUGUAAAAGUCACUGAAAAAAAAUGAAAUUGGGGUACUAUUUUAAGGACUUCUCGUGUGUUUAUUAUAAAGUGAGAUGCUAGCAACAAAUAUAGUACAUUUAACAACACUAUUGUAUUUUAUUAUAUGUAAUUUACUAAUACAAAUAAAUCUUAACUUUUAGAAAUUGUAACCAAGGCUGUAAUCAGAUUACAAUCUUGUUUUUAAUUUUGAUGCAACACACUGGUGUUCAUGUUUGCACAACGUAUUGAGAUGUGAUGUAUUUAGUCACAAAGGUAAGCUGUGACUUUGUGGAUAUGACUUGGGCUUCAGAGUUCCUUUUUUUCAGUUUACUUGGGUAAUUUUUCUUUGUGAAACAAACCAGUUAAACACCUGCAUUUUUAUAUUUAAUUAAAACUCUAUUAUUAUUUCUCUAUGCUUGAAAACAAUACUUCCUGGAUGGGUGUCAGUCCCAGAAUAGUGGUACAUUGCUGUAACACUGCAAUAGGUGUUUGAAUUACUAGUGUAUACAGUGGUUAAAAAUUAGUAUUACUGUUUGUCUUACUAAAUAGCUUCAUAUCACAAUGAAAAGUAGCAACAUUCCACAUUGUGGAAAUGGCUCAAAGAUUUUGUCAUUUUGACUUUUUUUGGCCUUAACCAUUUUCACACUUUUCUUGAUUUAGGGUGUUAACACAUGGCCAAAAUAAUUUAGUUACUACCUCAUUCAAACAAUACAAUGGUUACUACGCAUCACAGGAACUUAGUUUUGAUCAGAAGUAUUUUUGAUUGCUAUUUUCCAAUGGAGUAUGUAAAUGCCAAGUUUUAGCAAAAUGCACACAUUUGACUCCUUUUUUGUAUAUGUUCUUUAUAUUUUAUUGCGAUAAUAUACACUAAAACUAAAUUUAAAGUGAUUUAUGGCCUGCAUUAUUGUUGUGAUUGGUAAUGCUUUGGAAUAUGUUCCC